AUGCGGACGCUACGCAAAGGAGUGAUGCCCCCUCGAGUCUCAUAUCCCAACUUCCUUCUUCACCGCCUUCAAACCGUCUUUGUUACAUAUUCUACUGAGUGCCAAGUUGAUUUCCUCUCCCUCAACUUGGUCGAUACGAAGGCACCUCAUAAUUGGAAGACCAUCGCGCUUCUCAUUGAGGAAGGAGCAGAUCCAUGGUACCGUAUUCGGAUUGGUCGUGGUCUUUUCACCUAUCCCCAAAUCGCAACGGUCAUGGGCAAUCCGGAAGUAGCGGAGCGAUUAGAGGAAGUAGCCAUGGAAAAGCCUGAAGAUGAGGAAACGGAUGUCUCGUCGAGUUGUUGA